UUCACUAUUAUUCUACAAUGUGGAAAAUAUAAGAUAAGGUAGUAACGUUGAAGAAACAAUGGUAGUUCGAUUAGAGACACCUGUGAACGUUCCUCGCCAACAGAGAGAUCCUUACACGAUGCAUGUUAAAAACGGUGACUUGCAAAGGUUAUAAACUGCACAGCGCAGCAAACAAAGAACAUCUGAGAAAAUAGGGAUCAUUGAGUGCUGCUUGACGUUUUUUGGGACUCAGUUUUUUUACAGCAGAGACAUUACAAGUAAUCCUGUCGGUGAAUGUUCCGCUUUCAAACCCCGGAACCUGUGUAAAGAUGUGAUUUGGACUAGGAUUGAAGGAGUCGGAUGGGUUUUUGAUUGAUUUAUCUUGUUGUAUGAUGUCGCCCCCGCCCUCCCAUUUGGUGGAUGCCAGAUGCAGCGAGAGGCUAGAGAGGCUCAGAAUCAGUCAUGAUGGUUCGUAUGCAGAGGAUGUAAAACAGAUUGGUGGGACUUCAGUGCGGAAUGAUGGAGCUUCCAAGGCUGCUCCUGUACUACAGUAAGUGGACUUGAUGUCGGAGCUGGUCCUGGCAUGUUUUCGAGACCUGUUCAGAAAUCUUGCGCUCAUGAAUGUUCUCUGUCAACGGAUGUUUUGGCAUUGAAAAAAAGUUGUCCUUACCAAUUAAAGCUAUGAAUUUAAAACACGACUCCGGUUGUGGAAAGCAGAAAUGACAGGCUGAAUAUUAUUGUGGAUACGGCAAAAUAGUUGUGGUUAACAGAUGUUACUGUUGAAAUGGUUGUAGACAUGCUGAAUUAUUCUACGGGUGGAUUGUUUCAGCAUGAUAUAGAUACAGUUUAAUGGCUUGGGAGUGUUAGUAUGCCAUCCCCCCCCAGUUAUUUUUUCUUAGUAGGGCAGAAUGAGGUUGACCAUGAUUGAUCGCACACUCCAGCACAGUAGGUGGCGGCAUGUACCUUAAACGUUUGUUUGCGGACCGCCAUGAUAUCAUAGAAGACUAAGACGGACGGAAGUGAACAGUGACCAAGAACAAUUUCAACGUUAGCGUUUUUAUUGUUAAUAUUUAGAUGUGUAUUACCACCCUGGAACUCAAAAUAUGACUUAACUGCACAAGCCACACAUACUUAACCCAUGUCGUUUUUAAUUCGCGUUAGAAACCGGACUUGGUUGAUAGAUGUUGUCUAGAUAACGCUAGCUAGCUGCUAACAAUGGCUAACUCUAACGGUAUGGUUUUUCACACUCAAAUAGCCUCCAUCAUGGAGGUGCUAGCGAAUGCAGCUGUGGCAGAGAUCUGUAAACUAGUAGAUGACGACUAUGCAGUGUUUCGUUUGGAAAUAACUCAAAGCCAGAAAGAAAACAGGUCAUUACGGAAGAAACUACUGGAACUGAAGGUGGCACGGGAGCGCGCAGAGAAGACAGCACGAGAGCGCGUCCUCGCCAGUAGUGUCAAGAUCCUCGACCGAUACAGAGGAAUGGCAAGAGGUGAAGGACAUCUCACUGGAGGCCACAGGAGCUUUGUGAAGCCAGCAGGACACAAUACAUGGAGAGAUGACCAACCAAUCACUAUUGAUGACGGGAGUGGAACCUCAACCCAGCAAGUUAUUGUGAUAGAGUCUGCAGUUGCAGAGGCUGCAGGUCCUGGGGUCAAGCGGGAGAGCUCUGAAGGAGAGGAGGACCCAUGGCACAGUAAAGACAUCCAGACUAGAGUAGCUGGAGCGCCCCCUGUAGCCACAGAUGACCCCACCACUGCCCCAGCACAGCCCAGGACCCGAUGCAGCAUCACGGAGGUCAGUGGAAUGCCGAACGCUGUCCUCAAGUCAGAGACCAAGACUUUAACUGUACACACAGGAUCUGACCACAGGUCAGACCCAGAGACACUGGGGCUGAGGAGACUGGGCUGUCCUCCUGUUCCCGGCUCAGAGUAUUUACCAGUAUUUCACCAGAGCCAAAGGGCUGUUAAUUCCCGUGGAGAUGGUGACACAUUAGACACUGAAGUUGACGAUCCGUCUUGUUCUUACGCUACAGAGCUGGACCCUGGCAACAUACCCUUGGGUUUAAAGAGACCGACUGAUCAGUCGAAAUGGGACUGGAACCAGUACAGUAGUAGUGCAUGCUCUGAAGGGUGCCUAGAUAAGAAAGGGGAGGUUAUAGUGGUAGAUGAAGUGACUGUGAAAGUCGAGGGGGAUGUUCCACCCACAUGGAAUGCAGUUAGUCACCAAGGAGACGGACACUCACAGGGCAGAGAUUUCUUAGAUUACAGGGAAAGCUUAGAGACUAAUCCAAAUGGCACGACCCACUCCCCUUUACACGCACUCAUGGAUUGCGACCUGGUGUCCACGUCGAUGGGACCUUCCGAUUCACACGGCCACAUCCUUUUCGAUCAGGUAUUGAACUCAAACAACAGGGCUGGAGCCCAGGCUCAGGGAGGGGGAGCCACAUCAGGCAAUAUUAAAGAGAAACGGUUCCUCUGCAUGUUCUGUCACAAAGGAUUCAGCUGCCUCCAAAAGGUGGAGAUCCACCAGAGGGUCCACACAGGGGAGAAACCAUUCAGCUGUACCCAGUGUGAGAAGAGGUUCUCCCGCCAGGACCACCUGAAAAGGCACCAGAGGGUCCACACAGGGGAGAAACCGUUCAGCUGUACCCAGUGUCACAUGCGCUUUGCCCAGGCUGGUCACCUGAAGAUGCACCUGAAGGUCCACACGGGAGAAAGGCAGUUUGCCUGUACACACUGCGGGAAGAGGUUCACAGAGAGGAGCUACCUCAGGAUACACCAGCAGAAAAAACAUUCCACUCUAUAAAUAGAAAGUUACCCUGUAUUAAAGACAAAGAUUAAUUUUCAUUGUUGUCAGCAGAAAUGUAAGAGUAAGAGUAACACAUUUCAGUGUUGAAUAUUCCUGGGUAGAAUAUUGCAUCCAGACGUGUUUAUUUAUAUAUAUAUAUAUAUAUAUAAGCCUAAAACGUUUUCAUUUUGUUUGUGCUCUAAGGUGUUCACAAAUUUUCCCAAUAAAUAUGUAUUCAGUUCA